CAGCUGGUUGUUCAUAUACACUGAGUCCACUGACCAGUGACCACACCACGCCAACUGCCUCUUCUUCUCUGCAGCAGCAGCAGUUCUUCACAUGCUCGUCGUCACGACCCAUGCGGUUUCGCUCUGCUAUAGAUAUGAGAUGCUGGAGACGACGGCCAAGGCUCGCCAUGGGGGGGCUACGGUCUCUGCUCUCCCCGCUGAGGAGGCUCUGGUGCCGAGUGAACGCAGUGCGGCGCAAGAAGAGAGGAAUCUACAUCCUGUACGACGACGUGAAGUCGUGCCAAUGCGAGGACGUGCACGUGCUCUGGUCGAUCCUCGUGGAGUCCCACGGCCUGCCGCCACCGACGCCGACGCUGCCGGUGUUGAGGCUGAAGCGAUGAGGGACGAUGAACGCGCCGGCACCGCCUGAAUAAUAGUCGAAGGUCGACAUGGCCAUGGGAGGUGAAGUAGUAGUGUUUUUCUGAAUUCUGAUGUACACAAUGUUAGUGUGUGUGUCGCCGGCGUGCUGCUCUAGAAUCGUCCUGCAUUAGCGCCUCUUUUGGAGGCUGAUGAGACGAGAGUGGCCUGCGGUAGAGUGUAGCUGCUGCACCGGUGGCUUCAUGAGUGCGGUGAUGGGCUUCUUGGAGCGCACCCCUCGUUUGAUUUCUCGUUUAUUCUAGAUUGUAUUUGCAUGCAGUCCUUCAGUUCGUCUCGCGUUGGAAGAGAGCGACAGAAGUAGGCAAUUUUCUGAACCUGCUAUCACCAUUUUUUUGUGUUUUUGUUUA